AUGGCUAAGCAUUCAAAAAUACAGAGUCAAAAUGACUACCUCAGGCAAUGGCUGCCAAGGCAGGAAUCAUAUCUACAUCACCUCCUCGAUCGAGAAGCUCCACCGGAAGACAGGAGAUGCAUCAUCUGCCAACAGGAUGGGGUGUACAAAUGUCAAGAUUGUCUUGGCGAGCCACUCUAUUGCACGGGCUGUUGCAGGAGUCAACAUUGUAGCAAUCCUUUCCACUGGAUCAGUCAAUGGAAUGGGCGAUUCUUCGAGCGGAGUUGUCUCGCUCAUGUGGGACUCAUUAUACACCUUGGCCAUGAUGGCAAACAAUGUCCGGUGGUCACCGAUCGGUGGAAUUUGUUUGAAGAAGAUGAACCUGAAGACCUGCUUGAGCCUGAAGAUCUGCCAUUUGUGUCCGGACCCGAGUUCCAGCCAAAGGAAAACACCAUGGUCAUUGUGGACAAGUCCGGAGUUCAUUGCCUGAAGAUUUUUCCUUUCCCUGCAUCUUUCAACAGGCCAAAGACUGUGUUCACCUUUAGAGUGCUCAAUGAUUUUCUACUGGACAGCCUUGAAUGCGGCACCUCAGCGAUGAACUAUUACAGCAAGCUCCGGAGAAUGACCUCCAGCAUGUUUCCACACCUUGUUCCAGACCGAUACAGAGAGCUCAUGAGGGUCGCUCGACAGUGGAGGCAGUUGAAGACAAUGAAAUGGCAUGGCUUUGGCCAUUGUUCUGAUAACCCGAGCACAGGAGAACUCGCAUUAUGUUGCCCGGCAUGUCCUCAGCCUGGGAUUAAUGUGCUGUUGUCAGAGGAUGAAUCACUUGAUGACGAUCCAAGCUGGAAAUACACCUGGUCAUUUGUGAUGGACGGAAAUUUCAAAGCGGAACAUCUGCAUCCCAUUAAGCCAUUCGAUGAAGGUUGGCUGUCCGAUGGGCUUGGAUUCAUGGUAGGAAAGGACAGGUAUAAAAUGCAUCUGGCAGAGGCUGCUGACACAGUGGAAAAAUCAAGCUGCAACAACCACCAGGCAGUAAAUCAAGCUAAUGCUGCUCGGCACAAGCUGGAGUCCACCGGUAUCGGAGGAGUUGCCUGUGCCAGACACGGUUGCUUUGUCCCUCACUCCAUGGUGGAUUUUCAGAAAGGCGAAAGGCAAGCCACAUCCACCAUUAAGCAUUCACGAGCUUCCUGGCACAACAUGGAAGGCAUCACCAGGGCUGUCACCUUCUAUGAUAUUAAUUGUCAAUACAACAAACACUUUCGGGUUCGGGUGGAUCGAAGUCGAUUUCUAGAAAUGGCACCACAACUAACCAUCAUUCCCGGAAUUGGGUUGUGGCACAUUCAUGGCCAUCAGGACAGCUGCUAUGUGCGAUAUGCUUCUAACUUUAUUGAAGGCAUUGGUCGGAUCGAUGGAGAGAUCAUGGAGACGCUAUGGGCACGGCUCAAUCUGAUCUCCCCUGCUGCUCGGGGAAUGUCAUCUCCCCACCGAAAGGAAUGCCUUGAUUAUCAGAUGAAUGACUCCAAUUUCUGCAAGAUGAUUUGCAUGAAAAGGACUCUAUGCCGGAAAUACAAGCUGGCGAGGAAUGGCAUCUCGGAAACACCUAGCAAAAAGGAGAUCGAGCUUAGAUUAUUAGAGGAGGGUAACGCCCGCAAUGCAGCACCCUCUCGCAGAUCUGUGGCGACGUGGAUAUCAACAGGGUUAGCAAUUGAAGAGGCUCAGAUUGCAUUGCUCAUCGAGGUCUGA